AUGGCUCCGUGGGGUCGAAUCUUCAUGACCGUCUACUUGAGGGUUGAGGACUUGAUCAUCGCCCAAAUCCUCAAGAGCCCGGGCUUCCACCGAGGCGUCCGCCGCAUCCACCGCACCGUCGAAGACAUCCGCUAUGGCCGAGAUCCCCACGAGCCGUUGCGCCCUGGCGAAGCUACUGCCGACCCCCAAAAGACGCAGGCCGACGGCUUCUUGAAGCAUUUCAUCGACGAGGUCCGCAACCAGUUCCGCGGGACGCCGACCAACCCUCCCCGUCCGCCC